UGUGCCUCCGCCUCAGCUCCCAGGGCGGGGAGCAGGGCGGGACCGGGCGGGGCGGGGACUCGGCCGUCCCCGCUCAGUGGCUUCCGGAGAGCGAGCCUCCGAGACAGUAACCAUGGCUCCACCCUUGGUGCCUGCUGUGGGCCUCACGCUUGUGCCCAACCUGGGGGGCUUCGUGGGCUCCUACUUCGUCCGUGGUGAGGGGCUCCGCUGGUAUGACACCCUGCAGAAGCCCUCGUGGCACCCGCCGCGCUGGGCGCUGGCUCCUGUCUGGGGCACGCUCUACUCGGCCAUGGGGUAUGGAUCCUACAUGGUCUGGAAGGAGCUGGGGGGCUUCACUGAGGAGGCCAUGGUUCCCCUGGGCCUCUACGCGGGUCAGCUGGCCCUGAACUGGGCGUGGCCUCCCAUCUUCUUUGGUGCCCGGCAGAUGGGUUGGGCCCUGGUGGACCUCCUGCUCGUCAGCGGGGCAGCAACAGCUACGGCUGUGGCCUGGCACCAUGUGAGCCCAUCGGCCGCCCGCCUGCUCUACCCGUACCUGGCCUGGCUGGCCUUCGCGACCACACUUAACUACCGAAUAUGGCGGGAUAACCACGGGCGCCGCGGUGGCCGGCAGAUCCCAGAGUAAGGGUGCCUGGGCUGCGGAGAACUGUGGCCAGGCCCAACCAGGCGCCCUUGGUGUGGUGACACAGGGUCUGUCGGUGACUCGGCCCAGGGUCAGCAGCGGCUCAGAGGUGACCCAGGCCGAGCCCCACGUGGGAACGUGUCCUGUGCUUCUGCAAGGGCUGCACCCAGCUCUCAGGGCACAGCAUUUUAUAACCAAAUAAAAUUCAGACCUCCUAUGCA